GUUGCUGAAUCAAUGAAGCCCUCCCCAACGCGGCGUUCCCCGGCAAAGCUCCCUCCCCUCGGGCCCGAUCGUGGGGGAGGCGGGACACACACACACACACAGACACACACACACGCAGGUGUCAAAGACCGCUUCCGGGAGAAAGCGAGAAGCGGCUUGCGAGUAACUUUUGGGGAGCGCAGGGGCCCGGCCCUGGCAGAGGACACAUCCGGAGACCAGCUGAGCUCAAGGAGGGGCCACGCGGAGCUGUCGCUGCUCCCGGGGCUGGCCGGCCCGCUGAGCUCAGAGCCGCAGAGGUCCCUUCCCGCGGCGGAUUGUUCCACAGCUAUGACCGGGAUCUGGGUACUGCUGCCUCCGAUCCUUAUCUGUCUUGCUGGCUCACCGUCCACAAGUGUUAAUGUUUGUAAAAUCAAGAAUGAGACUCACUACUCCACUGGAUAUCUUGCAGGCGAAUUUUGCUGUCAUCUAUGUCCUCCCGGCACGAAGAAAAACGCUGAUUGUACAAGCAAUGAGGGCAGACCAGACUGUGAGCCCUGCCAGGAAGGGAAGGAGUACACAGCCGAGAGCCAUUAUUCUCCUAGGUGCAGAAGAUGCAGUCUUUGUGAUGGAGAACAUGGCUUAGAAGUGGAAACAAGCUGUACUAGGAUCCAGAAUACCAAGUGCAGAUGCAAAUCAAACUUUUUCUGUAAUGCUCUUGGAUGUGAACACUGUGAUCCUUGUACCAUGUGUGAACAUGGAAUCAUUGAGGAAUGCACACAAACCAGCAACACCAAAUGCAAAGAAGAAGGUUCGAAAUAUCAUUUUCUUUGGUUGUUGUGUACCCUGUUACUGAUUCCAAUAGUUUUGGGGCUGAGAAGAUACAAAAAGCACAGAGAUGGAAAGCAUGGUUAUGACAAAUCUACAACCUUAAUUCCUGAAGGAGUGCCAAUGAAUUUCUCAGAUGUUGAUAUUAGUAAGUAUAUCCCCAUUAUUGCUGAAGAAAUGAAAAUAAAUGAAGUUAAAGAAUUUGUUCGGAAGAAUGGUGUUAAUGAAGCCAAAAUCGAUGAGAUAAAGAAUGACAAUAUCCAAGACACAGCUGAACAGAAAGUCCAACUGCUUCGUAAUUGGCAUCAGCUUCAUGGGAAGAAAGAUGCAUACAACACUUUGAUCAAAGGUCUUAGAAAAGCUAAUCUUUGUGCUCUUGCGGAGAAAAUUCAAGAUAUAGUCCAGAAGGACAUUACUAGUGACCAUGACCAUUUAGAUACCAGAGAUGAAAAAGAAAGACAAAGCUUGGCCUAGAGUGAAAAACAACUAAUUCAUUUCUGUGUAUGCAGUCAAUAGAAAGAAAAAAAAAAGUGUGGAAAAGUUCUAAAUACCUGAAGGUUGUAAAUAUUGCUUAACUUGGCUGGCGCCGUGGCUCAACAGGCUAAUCCUCUGCCUUGCAGCGCCGGCACACCGGGUUCUAGUCCCGGUCGGGGUGCCGGAUGCUGUCCCGGUUGCCCCUCUUCCAGGCCAGCUCUCUGCUGUGGCCCGGGAGUGCAGUGGAGGAUGGCCCAAGUGCUUGGGCCCUGCACCCCAUGGGAGACCAGGAGAAGCACCUGGCUCCUGCCUGCGGAUCAGCGUGGUGCGCCGGCAGCAGUGCGCCUACCGCGGCGGCCAUUGGAGGGUGAACCAACGGCAAAGGAAGACCUUUCUCUCUGUCUCUCUCUCACUGUCCACUCUGCCUGUCAAAAAAAAAUUAAAAAAAAAUAUUGCUUAACUUUUCACUGGAUGUAUUUUUUUUAUCUAUUAGAUUUCUAGAACUUACAUAUGUAUAGAUUUUGAAGAUACCAUAAUUCUUCCUUCAAGGAUGUUUGAAAUCUGUUGAGAAUACAGAUAGAGUCAAGAGUAAGUGUAAUGGCACAUUAAGGAUCUAAAUAGAAGUGUUUGUAAAGGAAAAAAUGAUUAGUGCCAUGCUUUAGUAUGUAACCCAGUAUUCUGUAGGUAUGAGUGUACGCAGUGAAUGUCAGCACAAAUGUUUAUCCACAGGCUGUUCUCAUUGUAGGAGUCAAUAGAAGCUAUGACCUUUUGUUGCAGUGUCUCAGUUACUGAAAAGACCUUUGCCUCUAAAUUACCUCUCCAACUCCAUGCUGAUUCUAGAGAUUUUAUCAUACUUAUAAACUCUGUUUACACUUCUGAAAAGAGUAAAUUCAGGCAGUUUGCAUAUGUAUUUGAAUGCAUUUAAUAAGAUACUACCUCAAAGAUCUUUGCACGGGUUGUUGGUAUUUUACUUUACAAUAUUUCCACUUUGAAUUUACAUGGAAAAUAGAUUCAAUUGUAAUACUUGAAUAUUGUAUAUGUGUAUGACAUUUUACUGGAUCAAAAUCAUCUAGUUUUAGGAACUGCUCUUGUCUUUCCCUGAAGAUUCUCAGAACAAGCUCCUCUCCCUACCACUACUUUGUUACUUUUAUAUUUAAAGAUCUCUGAAAACUCAUAUGAAAUGUGAAUUUUGAUAAAUAUUAUUUAUACUUGUAUACAUAUAUGAUGAACUGAAGAUAGUUAUAAACUGAAGCAACUAUCAGACCAGCCUAAAGAACAUCCAUGAAUGGAGAAUUUUUUCCCUUGUGUUUGGAAAUCUAAAAUAUAGGUAAAAAUAUUUAAUUAAAAUAAUGCUUUUGGAAUUUCUGGUUAUCUCUUCAUUGAUGGAGGCUUGCUUUUUGUUUUUCAUUUCUUUUUUUUAAAUAUUUAUUUAUUUGAAAGAGUUAUACACAGAGAGAAGGAGAGGCAGAGAGAGAGAGAAAGAGAGAGAGAGGUCUUCCAUCUGCUGGUUCACUCUCCAAUUGGCUGCAAUGGCUGGAACUGUGCCGAUCCAAAGCCAGGAGUCAGGAGCUUCUUCCAGGUCUCCCAUGCAGGUGCAGGGGCCCAAGAAUUUGGGCCAUCUUCUGCUUUCCCAGGCCACAGCAGAGAGCUGGAUUGGAAGUGGAGCAGCCUGUACUUGAACUGGCGCCCAUAUGGGAUGCCGGCACUGAAGGUGGCAGCUUUACCCACCACGCCACCGCACCAGCCCCUGUUUUUCAUUUCCUUUUCAUUAGCCAUUGCUAAAUAUAACCUGCUUUCAUCUUUAAUGCAUUCUUUGAUCUCUCAGGAAGUACUUCCUUUUAAAAACCCUUUUAAUAGUUUGAUAAUUCUUUCAAUAGGUUGUUACUGCCAUGAAUAACUCUUACAAAAAGCAUAUGAUUGUUAGAUAGGAUUAUUUCCAAUAAUUCCAAUAAUUCCAGGGGAUGGAAUCUGGAUAAGUACAAAGUUUAAGGAGUAGGCUUUAUUAGUAAGGAAGCUAAAUGGGCUCUGAAAUAUUCUUUUCUGUAUAUUUUCCAUUUUAGCUACUUGGUGACCAUUGGACAACUUCUAUUUAUUAAAAUGUAUUUUUAAUAGUAUGUAUUUUAAUUUAUUAUUUCCAAAGUAGUGACAUGUCAGCAUGUCAUCAAUAUAAAACAUAGACAGUUUACAUUCUUGUUUUUUUCAUACUAAAUCUUCAAAAUCUAGUUUUCAUUUCAUUUAUACUUAGAAGCACAUCUCAGCUUGGCCCAGCAACAUUUCACAAAUCUAAUAGGUACAUGUUGCUGCUGGCUACCAUAUUAGGCAGUUCUGGUCUAUAUCACUGUUAGGGCAGAUCUAGAACAAUCGUAACUCCAGGGCUGGCUUUGCAUCACUUCUAAUGUCUGGCACUUCCUGGGUCUGUUCAAUGAGGUCUCUUCACUCUUCAUGGCAGAAACUUCUUCUUGCACCCCUACAUUAGCUUUGAGAAUUGUUCUGCUUAUAUAGCUCAGUUGUUCUUUCUCCCGCAGUUAGUUGUUUUAUGCCUGGCUCUUGGUGUCUUCUGCAUAAGUGCACAGUAUUCAGCCAAAGACUUGACAGUACCUCUGUAUGGAACUAUUUUGAUGUGUAACUUCCUUCUUCCUUCUAGUAUUCUAUGCUGUGAAGUCCAGCAACCUCAGCCUCCUGAACUCUGACCCCUGGUCUUCAAUUUAGCAAGGUGACUUUGAUUUACGUAGGGUCCCCUCUUGUUCGAUGGUCUAAAAGUGUCUUUAGGCAGAAAGGCUGGGUCAAUACAGGGCUCACCUUCUCUGGAGGAUCAGUCUGUGCUUCCUCCUGCCCAGUUUUCUAGUCGGAGGCAGCAGGACAGCGAGUCUGAUACAAGUUAUUCUUUGCCACCAGAAGUGGAAGUCCUACUUUGCAAGGCAAAAUUGAAGUAGAGAACAUCCUGUGCUCACUCAUGAAUUCCAGCCAAGAACACUGGGUUCCUUUGGAGGGGGAAGAAAGUUGAGAACGUCUUUGAUCUUGGUGGUGUGGUUCCAUUAUGGCUGCACCCAGUCCCUCCACGUGCCACUGCUCCCGUGUCAAUAAUUGCGAUUGUCUUCCCAAGGUGAGGCAGCUCUGGUUCAAAAUCAUGUUCAUUCUGGUGAACCUGGCCUUUGCUGUGGUGGUCAUCUUGGGUAGGAGUAUCACCUGGAUGCCACUUGUGAGCUGAAAAAAAAAAAAAAAAAACACAGAAAACCCCAAAAGACAAAAACAAACAAACACUGUUUGCAGAAGGAGGUCAUGGAUCACGAGGUGGGCACUGCAUGCUCCUCACUGCCAGGCCAGUCUUACAUCACUUUGUCAUAUUCCGUCACCAGUCUCUGUGCAACUGUGAGGAGAAGGCAUAUGAUCAAUGCACAUUUGCUAGCGUCACUCCUGGAUGGCUGUUUGGGUUUAGACUUCUGUAUCACAGCAUUUGUAAUUUUCCCUCAGUACUCUGAAAAUAUCAACCUGCUGCUUUUUUACUUUUGUUGCUGUUCAUGAAGCUUCCGCUGUUGGUCUAAGGAUUAUUCCUUUAUAGACCAUCGUCAUAUUACCAGCAAAGAUUAUUAAAACAUAAAGAUUAUUUUUAAAUCUUCUGUUACCACUUUUCCUGGUGUUCUGCAGUUUCAUUACAGUGAGCUUUAAUAUGGAUUUAUUUUUACUUAACCUAAGGAUGAAUUUCCCAUCACAAAGACAUGACUGUCUUUCAUUGCUUAUGGAAAGUUUCCAGCUAUUUUCUCUUUGAAUAAUUCAUCUGAAUAAUUUUCUCUUUGAAUAUCUGAAUAAUCUCUCUGCCCUUUCCUCUAUUCUCUUCUUCUGGAACUCUUCGUACUAUCUGGUGAAAGUUUGUGAGCUAUCUUCCAGGCCUGUAUUAUCAGGGCUGGUGUUGUUGCACAAUGGCUUAAUCCACCACCUGCAGUGUCAGCAUCCCAUAUGAGCACUGGUUUGAGUCCUGGCUGCUCCACUUCUUCUUUUUUAUUUUUUUGACAGGCAGAGUUAGACAGUGAGAGAGACACACACACAGAGUUAUAGACAGUGAGAGACAGAGAGAAGGGUCUUCUUUCCAUUGGUUCACCCCCCUAAUGGCUGCCACAGCUGGCGCUGCGCUGAUCUGAAGCCAGGAGCCAGGUGCUUCCUCCCGGUCUCCCAUGUGGGUGCAGGGCCCAAGCACUUGGGCCAUCUUCCACUGCCCUCCCAGGCCACAGCAGAGAGCUGGACUGGAAGAGGAGCGACCAGGACAGAAUCCGGUGCCCCAACCGGGACUAGAACCUGGUGUGCCGGCGCUGCAGGCAGAGGAUUAGCCUAGUAAGCCACGGAGCCAGCCCUGGCUGUUCCAAUUCUGAUCUAGCUUGCUGCUAAUGUGCCUUGGAAAGCAGUGGAAGGAAGAUAGUCCAAGUGCUUGGGCUCCUGCACCCAUUUGGUUAUGCCUUUAUUUCCUUUAAAAAUAUUUUGUGUAUCAUUGUUAGUUGCUCAGAUUGGGAGAGAGGAUGGGCCUCAAGAAAUGUACUUAUAAUUCUGUAUUAACUCGGAGGCCCAGUUUAGUCAUCAGAUAAUUAUAAGCAGUGUUUUGUUUUAUCUUAAAAUUUUAAGUUAAAACUAAUGCUCAAGUUCUGGUUACAUAGGGCUCAGAGAACAGAGUCGGGCGGUUUUCCAUGUAUACCUGUACUUUAUUCACAGUGGUGAAUUGAAAGUCAUAUAGAUCUGGGAUUAAAUAGUUAUUUUCCCCAUAAUAGCAGAAAUUAGAGUUCAGUCUCUUUGAGCCUAGUUUUUCCCCAUCUGUAAAAAUGAGAAAAUUGGGGCAGAUUGUGGGACAGUGGGUUAAGCAGUCACUUAGGACAUCCACAUUCCCGUAUCAGAAUGCCCGUGAUUGAUCCCACAUCCCCUUCUGAUCCACCUUCCAGAUAAUGUGCCUGGGAAGCAACAGAUGAUGACCCAAACACUUGGGUUCCUGCCACCCACAUGGGUGACAAGGUUGGAGCUCCUGGCUCCUAGUUUCAGUCUAGCUCAACCCUAACUGUUGGAGGCAUUUGGGGGAAUGAACCAGAAGAUGAAAAUCUCUCUCUCUCUCCCUCUCUUUGUCAUUCUGCCUUUGAAAAAAAUAAAUGAACAUAAAUCUUUUUUUAAAAACUGAGAAAACUGUUUCAACAUCUUUGGACUUUUAUGAAGAUUAAAUAAAAUGUAGAUGAAUUAUAUACCACAGUGGUUGAGCUUGUACAUUGAUAAUAUCCAAAAACUUCUAUCCAAAUGCUUAAGCAAAAUGUAAAUUUGUUGGUGCAUCUUCCUGAAGUUCAGAAACAGGGUGGGUUUGACUAAUCCAACCCAAGACCUUCAGUCAUGAUUCCUGAUUCUCUUGGCUCUCCCCUCUUCACCUACUUCUUGUAAAUCUCUUCACGUAACUACUAUUCCAACUCAUAGUGACAAGGUUCCCACAACUGUUCUGGAGCUAUUCCUGUCACCUCAUUCAGAAGAUGUAAUGCUUAUGUCCUAGCUCUCCAAGUUGGAGUACUGAGAGCCAUUGCACAGAUUACAGAAAAAUUGAAUCAACGACCAGGGGAAUGGGACUUGCUGAUUGACCUAAUCCAUACUCCCAUUCUUAGAGUAUUAUAAGAUGUGUAUGUGGUAGGGUGAAGACUUGAUAAGAGGGUGAAAGGAGAUUCUGGUUAGGAAUGCAAGGAUAGUUUUUAGGUACCUAACUCAAUUUGGCUUAAGGAAUAUAAAAACAUUAUUUUGGGGCUGGUACUGUGGCAUAUUGGGUAAAACUGUUACCUGCUGCGCCAGCAUCCCAUCUGGACACCAGUUUGAAACCCAGCUACUCUACUUCUGAUCCAGCUCCCUGUUAAUGCACCUGGAAAAGCAGAGGAAGAUGCUUAGGGCCCCUGCACCCAUGUGGAGACCCAGAGGAAGCUCCUGGCUUUUGGCUUUGGUCUGGCCCAGCUCUGGCUGUUUCAGUCAUUUGGGGCAUGAACCAGCAAAUGGAAGAUUUCUCUCUCUGUCUCUUCCUCUCUCUGUGAUGCUGCCUUUCAAAUAAA